AGGAGGAAGUAGUAUGCAAAGCACAUUGCUGCAUAUUAUGUGCAUAAAAUAUAUUCUUUUACACCUUUCCUGGGAUACUGUUUGUCUGUGAAGAAAGAGGAAUAAGGUGGCAUGUAAAGAGGAACAACUCUUAGUGAAGCCUACUGACAUACUAUUGGACAAAAUGAAGUAUGUUAAAGAGAAGAUUGAAGACUUGAGUGAUCCAGAGCCCCAGCUAAAUAAAAAUGAAGAUACUGUGGUACAAAGAGGUGAAGAAAGGAGUAGAGUGCCAUAUUAGGAGGAACAACUCUAACUGAAACCACUGAAGUCUGCUGACCUACUAUUGCAAAAAUGAAGUCUGUUAAAGAGGAGAGUGAAGACUUGAGUAAUCCAGACCAAUGGAUAAUUAAACAUGAAGAUACUAAGGAACAAAGAGACCUGGAGGAGAUGAAAGAGGAAAGUCAAGAAAUGAAUGAUGUGGAUCAGAAAAACCAUCAGUAUCAUAAAUCUGUUUAUUUCAAUACUGCUGAAGAAUCUUUAAGUUGCUCACAGACUGAAAAGUAUUUCUUACGAAAAAGAACUCGAAGAACAAGAGCCAAAAAAUCUCUCACCUGCUCUCACUGUGGAAAGAGUUUCGCACUAAUCAGAGAUCUACAGCAACACCAGAGAAUUCACACUGGAGAGAAGCCUUUCACUUGCCCUCAGUGUGGAAAGUGUUUUUCACAAGAAGGAAACCUUAAAAUCCACCUAAGAAUUCACACUAAAGAAAAGCCUUUCACAUGUCCUCAGUGUGGAAAGAGUUUUUCACAAGAAGGAAACCUUAAUAGGCACCUAAGAAUUCACACCAGAAAAAAGCCUUUCACGUGCACCCAGUGUGGAAAGAGUUUCUCACUAGAAGGAAACAUUAAGAGUCACCUGAGAAUUCAUAAUGGAGAGAAGCCUUUCACCUGCGAUCAGUGUGGAAAGAGUUUUACAAAACAGGGAAAUCUCAAACAUCACCUAAGAAUUCACACUGGAGAAAAGCCUUUCACAUGCACUCAAUGUGGAAAGAGUUUCUCACUUGCAGGAAACCUUAAGAGGCACCUUAGGAUUCACACUGGAGAAAAGCCUUUCACAUGCACUCAGUGUGGAAAGAGUUUCUCACUAGAUGGAAACCUUAAGAGUCACCUAAGAAUUCACACUGGAGAGAAGCCUUUCACAUGCCUUCAGUGUGGAAGGAGUUUCACAGAAAAGAAAACCCUUAAGAAUCACACAAAAACCCACACUGGAGGAAAGUCUUUCAUAUGCCUUCAGUGUGGAAAGUGUUUCAAACGUGCAACAGCUCUUAAAAGUCAUCUUCUGUAUCACUCUGGAUUACAGCAAUUUAAUUGUGAUCAGUGCAGCAAAGAAUUUAUAUUGGCAGCAGACUUGAAGAUGCACCUGAAAACUCAUGCAAAUAUGAAGCCUUACCUGUGUUCUUUUUGUGGAAAGAGUUUUUCUCGGCUGGACUAUUUUAAUAAGCACCAGACAAUACAUUCCAUGUGAAAGCUCAUGUAUGCUCAGAGUAUGGUAAAGCUUUUAGCAGAGCUAGCGAAUUGAAAAUGCUUCAGAGAAUCUAUACUGGAUAAUAGCAUAACAAAUGUUCACACUGAUGAGUUUAAUUACAUCAGGACACCUGAAAACCAGAACAUACAAUGAUUCAGCUUUAUGAAAGUCAAGUCGAUGUUUAUUUAUACAACACAUAUAAAAUCAACAGCAGCUGAGCCAAAAUGCUCAAAAAAGCAUUAAGAAAUAAGAUAAAAUAGAAGAAUAAUCAAACAGAUUAGAAAUGUAAUGCACAAAUGACAGUCUCAUUUCU